CAAGCUGUUUUUGGCUCAGCUGGCUUACAUUUGAAUGGCGGCAGAGCCUUGCCUUGCCGACCAGUAGCUGAGAUGAGAUGCUGAUCAUGGGCCCCGUGUACGAGUAGCAUUUUCUGGAUGGCCGCCAGAUUCUUGAGAACAACCUGCUUUGGUAUUGGGCGUCGCUGUUGGGCACGUGGAGGAGUGCGGCUGUAUACUGUACAGGCUGGCCCUGGCAGCGCCGCGGACGUUGCUGCUUUUGCUUCGCUGGAACCUCACCCCAGGAGUGUCCAGUAUUUGAUGUCAACGGUGGAUGUCUCCAAGAUUUGGGCCUUUCUUAGCACCGAGCUGCCGAUUCGGUACGCGGAACGGAUACGAUCUUUGGAGCAGGUGCCCCACUGGGAGGAAGUGCCGGACCUGGUGGAGGUCCGCGACAUUCAUUUGGACUCCUUCAAGGCAGUCCGCGAAGCCCAGGUGGACACCUUCGCGCAAGUGGCCCAUGAGGCAAUAUUGCGAGAACAAAGAGUUGUGGACAUGAUGGCCAAGUCGAUGCACUACCUUCGGCGUGAUCACGGGGACGUCAUCACGGAAGACUUCGUGAGCAAAUUUCUCGACGAUUUCCUCCUCAAUCGCAUUGGGUGUCAGGUUCUUCUUGGACACUUCUUGGCUUGCCGAGCGGGGCAAAAGAGUGGCAUCAUCGACCCACGCUGCAACACGAAGAAGGUGUGCCGUGCAGGUGCUAAGGCUGUUUUGGAGAUGUGCGUCUCCUGCACUGGGUUGUGCCCGAACGUGUUUGUGGAUGCUUACUCUGCAUGCGGGAACGGCUUGGAUGACGACGAUACCCCCAGAUUCCCUUAUAUGCCUCACAUCCUGAAGUACAUAGUCAUGGAGCUGCUCAAGAACAGUUGCAGGGCCACGGUUGAUAUGCUCAGGGCGGGCCAGCUGCACGCUGAUGACUACCCCAUUAAUGUGAUCGUGUGUGCGGAUGAGGACCAUGUCACGAUUUGUGUGGCGGACCAAGCGCGAGGAAUCCCUCGAGGAGUGAAUGCUUGGUCUUAUCUUUACACCACAGCCAGGGAGGGAGAGUAUGGUGGGGAGAAGCGGCUGGCAGGACACGGCGUAGGCCUUCCAUUGUCCAGACUCUAUGCUCGAUAUCUGGGAGGUGCGCUGGAUCUGGUCUCGCUGCCGGGAUACGGCACGCACGCCUAUGUCAACUUGCCGCGGGUUCAAACGCAGCAGGUGGAAGUGGUCCCCGAUGCUGACUACCAGUACGACUAUGCAAGUCUUUUGAACUUCACGGUUUGAUGGCUUUUGUACAGUCUUUGCUCAAGCUUGCUGAAAGGCUAAGGAGGAGCAAGGUCUGGCACGUGUAGUCGCAUUUGCGCAGAACUGCAAAACUGCAUGCGUCGGACGAGCGGAG